GCCUCCGUCUACCUGAAAAGAGCACCGGAGGCCGUGAAGUUUAUACUGUUGUGUGUAGGAACACCAUUUUUCUUUGUCUGGUCUAUUUUGCUCAGGGCAGCAUGGUUCUUCCCGCCUCUCAGACGACAAAUUUUGUCUCGAUUGGAGAUAAAAUGGCAGACGUUGGUCCCAGGAGUAUUCAAAACUCCUGAGGAAUACCAUCAGCUUUUGUAUGAAUUGACAAGCUUUGCUGCAUGGUGAGGAAGGAUCUCGUUGUCGUUAAAAAACCUUGGGGCUGAGGUGUUUGAGGGAGGCAAGGCGGCCGACUUCUCCCUCGUCAGGCUUGACGGGAGCUCCUGCCGGCUGCUCCAGCUCGCCCGGACGGCCCGCCCUCUGGUCAUCAGCUUCGGCAGCAACACCUGACAGCCGUUCCGGGCGAAGUUGGACAUGGUCAAGCGGAUCAUGUCGGACUUCGCCGCCGUGGCUGACUUCGUGGUGGUGUACGUGGCCGAGGUGCACCCCACGGACGGCUGGGCCAUGAGCAAGAACGCUGACAUCCGGCAGCACCGGAGUCUGGAGGAAAGACUGGCGGCGGCGGAGAUGCUGGCUCUGCACGACAUCCCCUGUCCUAUCCUGGUGGACACCAUGGACAACGCCGCGGUGCGCGCCUACGCCGCCAUGCCCGACAGGUUGUACAUCGUGUUGGACGGGGUAUGUGUUUACCAGGGCCGCCCGGGACCAGGUGGCUACCACCCGGAAGAAGUUCGCGACUGGCUGCAGAAAUUCUCGGGAUAAAGUGGACGGACUGACAGACUUUAGUUAGUUACGAUGAAAGGUUAAAUCUAUAUGGAACCGAAGUUCUUCCUACACAGUCAGUCAAUCCAAGGACAUCUCUAUCAGGGUGUAAUGAGCUCCUGGCCGCAUGGUGGCGUGACAGCGUCAAGAAGGAUGCGGUCCCAAACGUACUUUAUAUCCCUCCCGUCUAUGGGACUCCAUGUCCCGUCCAAAUGUUUGACAUUGAUGUAUGCUACUCUAUUAUUUUUGAUCAUCGGUAUCUGUUUGCGACAUCCUUAAUGUUUAAUAGUGUUGAUCCUAAUCGUUAUAUAUAUUUGAAAUUAUCUCAAAUGCUACUAUAUUCACGAGUUUCUCAUCCCCAGAAUGCAUUGCGAAGACAGGGGUCUAAACCUCAUUUGCAUAGGACAGGAAGGCAUCGGAAUAAUCGCUGUCGUGAAUGUACCUGAAAGAAAGACAUAUAUUUAGGAAACACAUGAUAAAUCAAAUUGUGACUAUGCAGGUUGUGACAUAUGACAUGUGACAGUCCAGAACCAGAAGAGAAGUCAAGGUGGGUACAUGGUGAGAGAGCAUGAUGGUCUCACAGGAAACGCCUAGGGCGCUGGUGAGAACCUGAGAACGAGACCGCCGUGUACUCGCCUUGACUUCGUUGUUGAACCUGUAUGUCAAUUAAUACAUCUAAUUACAAA